AUGGCAUCUCCAUCAUCGUCAAAAACACCUUGCACUUCACAUGGUUGUAAGAGUGUCAGAAUUUUAAAAUGUGAAGGCUGUUCACAAAUAUUUUGUCGACCACAUGUUCUCGAACAUCGAGAUCUUCUUAGUCACCAAUUAGAUGGAAUUGUUCUUGAACAUGAUACUCUGCAACAAAUGAUUGUGGAGCAGAAAAACAAAGAAAAUAAUCAUCAUUCUCUUCUCGAGCAAAUUGACAAAUGGGAACAAAACUCUAUAAAGAAAAUUCAACAAACAGCAAAUGAAGCACGACAACAAAUAGAAAUAUUAAUCGGUUCACAAAAAAAAAUGCAUGAUCUCACUGAACAAUUACGAAAAGCUCGAGUAGAUGAUGAUUUUAUUGAAACUGAUCUUCGUAUGUGGACAGAUAUGUUAGAAAAACUUAAACAUGAUUUUACUAAUGUUUCUUCUUCGACGAUUAUUAGUGAAGAUCCAACAAAACUACUUGUGUCUAAAAUAUUUGUUUCUUCAAUUGUGCCACAACAUUUAGAAAAAGAUGAAAGAUUUGGGGAAUCUUUUGGUACUGUUUGCAUUGCAGAGAAUGGUCACUUGGCUUAUCAUGGACUCGAUGCAGAUGAUGCAUUUGUGUGUGGAGUUCAGAAAUAUUCAUCGGGCAAAUACAAAAUUCGAUUUAUUAUGAAUAAGAAAAAUUCAAGAUAUUUUAUGGCGUUUAAUAUUGUCUCAAAAUCUGCGUCCGUACUCAAAAAAGAAUUCCAAGUAAAAGAAUCAAUUUAUGGUUGGUAUACCAAUGAUAUAGCUCGUUGUGGCGGUGAUAAAUUGCCAUUCAAUAACGAUCUUCAUGAUAUGCAAGGUGAAACGACAUUUGAAAUCGAAUUUUUGCUCGACUGUGAUAAUCAAAAGAUAGGUUAUUUCAAUGAACGAACGAAAUAUAGACGAGAAAUGAAUGUUGAUGUUACAAAGUGUCCACUUCCUUGGCAAUUACUUUUUUAUUUAUAUGAUGUUGAAGAUUCUGUUCGACUUUUGUCUUCAGAACAAUUACUUUGA